AUGGAGAAGUUUGUGAAAGACUUUAGUGCCGAUUUAAAGACUGCAACAGAAGGAGGUCGGAAGAAAUUUAUAGCGGCUGUUUCAGUAAUGAAAACUGCACGACUAAAAGUGGGUCUUAAGAAGCCAAAAGUAUUCAAGAACAAGAAGCAUUCCAAUAAAUCAUCCAAAUCAGACGAGGCUAUCAGCACAAGAACAAAUGAGAGUGAAGACAUGAUCCAAAUUGACCAUGUUGAGUCCCCUCCAUCGUUUCAGCUUACAAUUGAUUCUACUGACGAUGAUGGUGUCAAUUUGGAGCCUUCUGAGCAACAGAUUAACAAAGAUGGCUUGAGUCCAAAGAAUACGAUGACAGCGGGGAUUAUUGACCACAAUUCUGAAGUUGGUACUUCUUCACUCUCUGAGGAAUCCAGGUCUGUAGAUGUUGGAGAAUUGGAAUAUGUAGAGAAAAACAAUCCAGAGAAAGAUCACUCAGCUCAAAAGGUUACCACGGAGCAGAUCUUUGUUGUCAUCAACUUUAUCCUAGAGGUUCCCUCAGCUGUUUUCGAUCAGCUUUCUUCCAAUAAUAAAAUUCAAUAUGCACUACUAAGCAUGAUAAUGUCGAUCACAACAAUGCUCAUUUGCAUUGCUCAGCUUAUAUACAAAGGCCGAGAGGGAAAAGUUUCUUGGAAAUGGAAGGAGAAAGUCCCCUGGUUUUAUUAUCCAUCUCCAAGCUACAAGCCUUUCGGCUCUCUCAGCGACAUAAUCGGGUUGCUUUGCUCAUUCUUCGAGUGUGUCUUUGCGACAAUUGAGUAUUCUUUAUACUGUCGACAUACUGCUAAUCCAAUCAAGAUAUCCAUUUGGCCUCUCAUGUUCUCGUUUUGCCUUCUGUGUUCUAAAUUUCAAAAGAAUUCUCAGAAGAAGACGUCGUUCACCAAAGAUUAA